CGUGCCCGGGGCGGGGCUGUACCGGGCGCUGGGCGGAGGAGCCUUGGUUGGGGACUGCCUGGAAACUGGCUGGGCCUGCUCCGGACGCCGCCGGGGCCGCGCAUUCUCUUUCCGCCCGCUCCAUGGCGGUGGAUGCCUGACUGGAAGCCCGAGUGGGAUGCGGCUGACGCGGAAGCGGCUCUGCUCGUUUCUUAUCGCCCUGUACUGCCUAUUCUCCCUCUACGCUGCCUACCACGUCUUCUUCGGGCGCCGCCGCCAGGCGCCGGCCGGGUCCUCGCGGGGCCUCAGGAAGGGGGCGGCCGCCGCGCGGGAGAGACGCGACCGAGAACAGUCCACUUUGGAAAGUGAAGAAUGGAAUCCUUGGGAAGGAGAUGAAAAGAAUGAGCAACAACACAGAUUUAAAACUAGCCUUCAAAUAUUAAAUAAAUCCACGAAAGGAAAAACAGACCUCAGUGUACAAAUCUGGGGCAAAGCUGCCAUUGGCUUGUAUCUCUGGGAGCAUAUUUUUGAAGGCUUACUUGAUCCCAGCGAUGCGACUGCUCAGUGGAGAGAAGGAAAGUCAGUCAUAGGAAGAACACAAUACAGCUUCAUCACUGGUCCAGCUGUAAUACCAGGGUAUUUCUCCGUUGAUGUGAAUAAUGUGGUACUUAUUUUAAAUGGAAGAGAAAAAGCAAAGAUCUUUUAUGCCGCCCAGUGGUUACUUUAUGCACAAAAUUUAGUGCAAAUUCAAAAACUCCAGCAUCUUGCUGUUGUUUUGCUCGGAAAUGAACAUUGUGAUAAUGAGUGGAUAAACCCAUUCCUCAAAAGAAAUGGAGGCUUCGUGGAGCUGCUUUUCAUAAUAUAUGACAGCCCCUGGGUUAAUGACGUGGAUGUUUUUCAGUGGCCUUUAGGAGUAGCAACAUAUAGGAAUUUUCCUGUGGUGGAGGCAAGUUGGUCAAUGCUGCAUGAUGAGAGGCCAUAUUUAUGUAAUUUCUUAGGAACGAUUUAUGAAAAUUCAUCCAGACAGGCACUAAUGAACAUUUUGAAAAAAGAUGGGAACGAUAAGCUUUGUUGGGUUUCAGCAAGAGAACACUGGCAGCCUCAGGAAACAAAUGAAAGUCUUAAGAAUUACCAAGAUGCCUUGCUUCAGAGUGAUCUCACAUUGUGCCCGGUCGGAGUAAACACAGAAUGCUAUCGAAUCUAUGAGGCUUGCUCCUAUGGCUCCAUUCCUGUGGUGGAAGACGUGAUGACAGCUGGCAACUGUGGGAAUACAUCUGUGCACCACAGUGCUCCUCUGCAGUUACUCAAGUCCAUGGGUGCUCCCUUUAUCUUUAUCAAGAACUGGAAGGAACUCCCUGCUGUUUUAGAAAAAGAGAAAACUAUAAUUUUACAAGAAAAAAUUGAAAGAAGAAAAAUGUUACUUCAGUGGUAUCAGCACUUCAAGACAGAGCUUAAAAUGAAAUUUAAUAAUAUUUUAGAAAGUUCAUUUUUAAUGAAUAAUAAAAGUUAAUUAUCUUUUUGAGCUAAGAUGUGAUUUUUAAAAUCAUUUUGACUACUGGGUGUAUAAGUGUUUGUGUGUGUAUGUAUUUAUAGAUGUUCUUUAAGGUACCCUUGAAAACUCUACAUUAUGUAUGCGACAUAAUGACAUUUCAGUCAAUGGUAGACUACAUAUAUGAUAGUGGUCCCGUAAGAUUAUAAUGGAGCUGAAAAAUUUCUAUCGCCUAGUGAUGUCAUAGCCUAGUGAUGACAUAUGUAUUGCAAUACAUCACUCACGUGUUUGUGGUGAUACUGGUGUAAACAAAUCUAUUGCACUGCCAGUCAAGUAAAAGUACAGCAAUUAUGUCCGGUACAUAAUAUUUAAUAAUGAUGACAAUAAAUGACUAUGUUACUGCUUUGUGUAUUUACUAUA